CUAGCCCGAACAAUAUCCAAAUAACAGCUACAAUAAUAGUAGAUACUCCUAAUAAAUAAUUAUUCUAGGCGUCACGUGGCGUCCAAUUCUUCCGACCCAAAUACGGACACCUACUUGAAGAAGGAUUACUACGUACUUUACAUCCCCGUCUCCGGAAUUCCUACUCCUAUUCGGCAAAAGAAACAAGCUCCCCAUAUAUAAACAUAAACUCACACAACCAUUUCACUUUGUGCCGAUCGAUCUCUCCAGCAAUGGCCGCAACUAUGAAGCGCAAAUCUCGUCACCAUUCUAAGAAGGCGGAGAGGACCUCCAAGCGAACGAGAACAGAAAGGCCGUCCUCAGAUUGGGCCGGUCUCCCCUGCGAGCUGCUCCACGAAAUCUUGGGCCGCCUGAAAUUCGUGGACCAGGCCCGAGCCAAGUGGGCCUGCAAACGAUGGCGCUCUGCUGCUCCCGAAUCUCCCCUCAACACGAAAACUCCCUGGCUCUGGAUACCGCCCCAAGCCGACGAGCUAGACGGCAUAAAAUGCGACGACGGCUCCCACACCCGCCUCUACAACCCCGCCGACGGCUACCUCCACGCCACCAAAGCCUUCUCCGAACAAAACCAAUCCAGCUUCUGCGUCGGAGCUUCUCACGGUUGCCUCAUCCUCCUCGACUACUACUCUUCCGGCUCUCCUUACUUCCUUCCUUUCCUUUUCAACCCUCUCACCGGAUCCCGACGCCAGCUCCCCAAACUCGACUUCGAAUUCCCCUGUUUCCACCGGGUCCGAAAAUCGGGGAUCCCAAUCACCACCGGAAUAAUUCGCGAAUACGUGGUUCACAAGGCAAUCCUCACAUCGGACCCCAGCGAUUGCGAGAGCCGGAGCCGGUUCACGGCCGUCCUCCUCUCCGGCGGCGACCGGCAGAUCUCGAUUUGCGCACCGUUCAGCGACUACUCAUGGGCGGAACUCGAGGGAGACGAUUCCGCGCCGUACCAAGACGUUUCUACUUCCGACCGCGGGUUUCUCUUCGCGCUGGGUGGAGACUUCUCCGUCGACGUGUGGAACAUCAGGCACGAGGAUUCCGAUUCCCCUUUUAAAGUGACGAGCUUCGCGCCGUCCGUUCCGGAGCAGUUUCCGGUCGGGGAGAAAGACGGUUGCGUGUCUAGGUUCUACAUUGUGAGCGGUGGCGAUGAUGACGCCAUGCCGAUUUUGGUGGCGAGGAUUGUAGGGGAGUUUGUUGACGGAGAAGGGAAAGUGGUGGGCGAAGACGAGAUGGUGCCGGAGGAAGGGUCGAACCACCCGCCGGUCUGCCCGUACCGGACGGUGGGGUUCGAGGUGUAUAAGAUGGAUGCUGAAGGGGGGAGAUGGGUGCGUGCCGCGAACUUGAGAGGCGCUGCCGGCGACGAGGAGAAGAGGGCUCUGUUUUUGGGCGGGGGUGACUCUGUUUCGGUCCCCGCCGGCGGUGGGAUUGCGGCUGACUCCAUAUACUACACCGACGAUGGCUGGGAGCGGAUGGAUGAGGAUUACUUGUACGGAGGGCACGACAUCGGGGUGUUUGAUUUGAGAGAGGGGAAGAUUAGGAGGAUUGAUGACGAGUUUGAAGAAGACAAAUUCGACCCACCGCCGUGUUGGCUGGUUCCGACACCGGCCGCUGAGCUCAGUUUCGAGUCCCUUGUAGAGUUAUGAUUAGGAGUUUGCAAAGUGUAACUAUUCGAUUUGGGAACUGAAUUUAAGUUGCGGAUCGAUGUAAUGAUUUUCUCAAUGUAACUUGAUCAGAAUUGUUAAUUGCGUAAAAUCCAAGUUUAUUCUUUAUAAAGUUCAUUUGGCGGG